UCGCGAGAGGCCCGGCUCUCAAGUAAAGUUCAACAUGGCGACGUCUAAUCUGUUAAAGAAUAAAGGCUCCCUCCAGUUUGAAGACAAAUGGGAUCUGAUGCGCCCUAUUGUUCUAAAGCUGUUACGACAGGAAUCUGUAACAAAGCAGCAGUGGUUUGACUUAUUUUCGGAUGUUCAUGCUGUUUGUUUGUGGGAUGAUAAGGGCCCAGCAAAAAUCCAUCAGGCUCUGAAAGAAGAUAUUCUUGAUUUUAUCAAACAAGCUCAAGCUAGGGUGUUGAGUCACCAAGAUGAUACUGCGUUACUGAAGGCUUACAUUGCAGAGUGGCGGAAAUUCUUCACACAAUGUGAUAUCUUGCCCAAACCCUUCUGCCAGUUAGAGAUUACAUUAAUGGGCAAACAGGGCAGUAAUAAGAAAUCCAAUGUAGAAGACAGUAUUGUGAGAAAGCUUAUGCUCGACACCUGGAAUGAGUCCAUCUUCUCAAAUAUUAAGAAUCGUCUGCAAGAUAGUGCAAUGAAGCUAGUUCACGCCGAAAGACUAGGAGAAGCCUUUGACUCACAGCUAGUAAUUGGAGUCCGAGAAUCGUACGUUAAUCUGUGUUCCAAUCCAGAGGACAAGCUUCAGAUUUAUCGUGAUAAUUUUGAAAAGGCUUAUUUGGAUUCAACUGAGAGGUUCUAUAGGACACAAGCACCAUCUUACUUGCAGCAAAAUGGUGUACAAAAUUACAUGAAAUAUGCAGAUGCUAAAUUAAAAGAGGAAGAGAAGAGGGCGCUUCGAUAUUUAGAAACCAGGCGAGAAUGUAACUCUGUUCAGGCUCUAAUGGAAUGCUGUGUGAAUGCUCUGGUGACGUCGUUUAAGGAAACCAUUCUUGCUGAAUGCCCAGGCAUGAUCAAACGAAAUGAGACAGAUAAAUUACACUUGAUGUUUACACUGAUGGAUAAAGUUCCUAAUGGGAUUGAACCAAUGUUAAAAGAUUUGGAAGAGCACAUCAUCAGUGCUGGUUUAGCAGAUAUGGUAGCAGCUGCAGAAACUAUAACUACUGAUUCUGAAAAAUAUGUAGAGCAAUUGCUUACAUUAUUUAAUCGAUUUAGUAAGCUGGUCAAAGAAGCAUUUCAGGAUGACCCUCGCUUUCUUACUGCUAGAGACAAAGCAUAUAAGGCAGUUGUGAAUGAUGCUACCAUAUUUAAACUUGAACUGCCAUUGAAGCAAAAAGGAGUGGGGUUGAAAACUCAGCCUGAAUCAAAGUGCCCAGAACUACUAGCAAAUUACUGUGACAUGUUGCUAAGAAAAACACCACUUAGUAAGAAACUUGCUUCGGAAGAAAUUGAAGCAAAGUUAAAGGAAGUGCUACUUGUACUUAAGUAUGUGCAGAACAAAGAUGUCUUUAUGAGAUACCAUAAAGCUCACUUAACAAGACGUUUGAUCCUGGAUAUAUCAGCAGACAGUGAGAUUGAAGAAAAUAUGGUGGAGUGGCUCAGAGAAGUAGGCAUGCCUGCUGACUACGUAAACAAACUGGCCAGAAUGUUUCAGGAUAUUAAAGUUUCUGAAGACCUGAACCAGGCUUUCAAAGAAAUGCACAAAAACAAUAAGUUGGCCUUGCCAGCGGACUCUGUGAAUAUCAAGAUUUUAAAUGCUGGUGCCUGGUCACGGAGCUCAGAAAAGGUAUUUGUUUCUCUGCCAACUGAGCUGGAAGAUCUUAUCCCUGAGGUGGAGGAAUUCUACAAAAAGAAUCACAGUGGUAGAAAGCUGCAUUGGCAUCACCUCAUGUCUAAUGGAAUUAUAACUUUUAAAAAUGAGGUUGGCCAGUAUGACUUGGAGGUGACCACCUUUCAGUUGGCUGUGCUGUUUGCCUGGAACCAAAGACCACGGGAGAAGAUUAGUUUUGAAAAUCUAAAGUUAGCAACUGAGCUUCCAGAUGCAGAACUUAGGCGGACAUUAUGGUCUCUUGUAGCUUUUCCAAAACUGAAACGUCAGGUUUUACUCUAUGAACCUCAGGUCAACUCACCCAAAGACUUCACUGAAGGCACUCUUUUCUCAGUGAACCAGGAUUUUUCUUUAAUAAAGAACAGCAAAGUUCAGAAGAGGGGGAAAAUUAAUUUAAUUGGAAGACUACAGCUAACUACAGAAAGAAUGAGGGAAGAAGAAAAUGAAGGAAUAGUCCAACUGAGAAUAUUACGCACCCAGGAGGCCAUCAUACAAAUCAUGAAGAUGCGAAAGAAAAUCACAAAUGCUCAACUUCAGACAGAACUUGUAGAAAUACUAAAAAACAUGUUUUUGCCACAGAAAAAAAUGAUCAAAGAACAAAUUGAAUGGCUGAUAGAGCACAAGUAUAUUAGAAGGGAUGAGUCGGACAUAAACACUUUCAUUUACAUGGCAUAAUUGAUGGCAUACAAGGACAGUGCCAAACUUUGGGUUGAAUCCAGUUUUGUCCCUGCAGACUUUGCAAGUAGUGGCUGAAGAGUGACUACACUUCAAAAAUGUAUUCAGUUGCAUAAAUAUUACAUCCCUGCCUUACCUUACUACAGCCGGACAAUAUUUGCCAGUUUCAUCCACUUUAGCAUGUUGUUACCUGCAUUUGUGUAGCUCACUUUUGACAGCAUGCUGUUUUGUGGGAGUUCUGCAUUCAUCAGAGCCUGCUGUGCUUUCUUCGUAGCUUUAGUCCUGUUUUUCACUCAUUCUGUUCUUGUCCCACGAUUGCAUAUACACUUUUUCUUCCCACCGAUACCUGUAUCAGUGAAUAUAGACACUUACAUUUUCAUGCACUGGGAAAAUAUUCAAAACUUGGUUUUGUAUUAAAAA